AUGCUGGUUACCUAUUUGGAAGCCAGCCGGGACCUUUGCGAGACGGACUCAAUUCUUUUUGGCGCCGCACUGGCAGUCUGCCGUAUUAUAGGCGCCAAACUUUCCACGGCUGGACGCGCUACUGGACAAAGUAGUGCUAUCCCAGCCUGGAGAAUAAGAAUUGAAGAACGUAUCGCAAAGGCUAGGGCCCUCAUCGGCAGACUGAUAUGCUUCAGGUCAGGCAAUACCAGGCCAAGGAUUAUGCACACCGUCAGGAUGGCGUUUGCUGGGACAAAUGUUAGUUUGUCCCAGCCGGAUAUAAUGCAAAAACUGACGGAGCGUAUAGACGACCUGAAGCAAAGAAUAGCUGCUUGGGGAAAGCGGAUUCGGCGAUAUACCGAGAGGUCGACACGGUUCAACCAGAAUCGUCUCUUCGAGAGUAAUCAGAAGAGGCUGUAUAAAUCAUUGGAGCGACCAAUAGUAAGUGGAACGGGCCCGGCACCAAAUCAGGCCGACACGGUCGCAUUCUGGCGCAGCCUGUGGUCAGAGCCCGUAAACCACAACGAGGGCCCUUGGAAGGAAGUUGUGGCGAGUCAGUGUGCGGGUAUUAUGCCCAUGGACCCCGUCAUCAUAACGCCGGAUGACGUAGCUGAGGCGGUCCGUAGGGCCCCCGAACUGGAAAAGUCCGGGGCUUGA